CGAAUAAUGCGUAAUUGGCAGACCUGACCGGAAAAUAAUACAUUUUUCUAUGGCUAUUAUUUAUAGUUUUAUUAUUCAUAGAUAAUGUAAUUAUUUGAAAAAAAUUAACCCCUUGCCUUGCGAUUUAGGUUCCAAUAAACAAUAAGCAAGAUCGGUCACACGUCGAGCGUUCAAAGUUGUGCAGAUCGCACAUGUCUUCUGAUAUAUAAGUGCAUGUGUAACGUACAACUAAUUUUAUUUUGCAAGAUGUUUGAUAAAUUUCAUUACCAAUUGAUCAUUGAACACGGAAAAUUUAUUAUCUUGGAGUAAAUAAUAAAUCAAUAACAACGACGUACUACGUCUUUCACACGAUACUGUAAGUUACAGGGUUAAGAACCGCUGUAAAUUCUUAUUGAUCCCUUAUAUUUAUAAUAUUUAUGUAAAAAAAAAAAAAAAAAAAAAAAAAAAAAAAUAUGGUUCAAAAAAAAAGGGUACUUAUGGUUUGUUUAGGGAAUAUUUGUCGUUCGCCAAUAGCAGAAGCAGUUUUCAGCAACGAAAUAAAUGCAUUAGGCUUGAACGAAUCGUGGGAAGUAGAAAGUGCGGCAAUCAUAGGAUAUCAUACAGGUAAAUGUCCAGAUCCAAGAGCCAUGGCUACGCUAAGAGAAAAGGGUAUCACUAACUAUUCUCAUAGAGCACGAACAGUCAAGAUAGAUGAUUUUACCACAUUUAAUUGGAUAUUUGGAAUGGAUAAUAGUAAUAUUGAAAAAUUAAAUUAUAUGAAACCUGCGAAUUGUACUGCUAAGAUUGAACUUCUUGGAAAGUAUGAUCCAAAGGGAGAAAUCAUAAUCAAAGAUCCUUACUAUAUGAACAACAAUAAUGGAUUUUAUAAGGCAUAUGAGCAGAGUACACGGUGUGUAAAAGCUUUCUUGCAACAACAUAAAGAUGAAACUUUAAAACCAGAAUAAAGCUUAAAAGCUAUUAAUAUGUAUAAUUAAAAUUAUUAAAAUAUUAUAUGUGUAUAAAUUCUUAGAGACAAUAAAAAUUCAUUACAGAAUUAAA